UGUGUCUGAAACUGGGACGUCCCACUGGUAAUGUCUUCUGAGUGAACAGUUGAAGCUCUUAGAUCGCCCUGAACUCUGAACACUGCUGACUUCUUCUCUGCAAAGCUAACGACCUUCAAGAUGAAGGUGUGGAUCUUCUUCCUCCUGUGCCUGGCUGGCCACGCCAUGGCUGCUCCUACUGAGGAAGCUGUUGUAGAGGAGCUCCUUAUUGCCGAGGAGCCAAUUGCUGAGGAGCCUGAGGUCGGGGCCAACCCAGUUCAGGUUGAGAUCGAAGAGUUUGAUGAGGCCAUCGACAUUUUUGAGGAGGAACAGGCUUUUGCUGAUAAUCCCUGCCUGGAUCACCACUGCAAGAAGGGCAAAGUGUGUGAGGUCGAUGAGGAUAACACCCCCAUGUGUGUGUGCCAGGAUCCAUCCUCCUGCCCCGCCUCCGAGGGAGAGUUCGAGCAUGUUUGCGGCACCAACAAUGUCACCUACGACUCUUCUUGCCACUUCUCCGCCACCAAAUGCGCUCUGGAGGGAACCAAGAAGGGCCACAAGCUGCACCUCGACUACAUCGGAUCCUGCAAAUACAUCGACGCCUGCCUGGACGCAGAGCUGAGCGAGUUCCCUCUGAGGAUGAGAGACUGGCUGAAGAACGUUCUGGUGACUCUGUACGAGCGCGACGAGGAGAACAACCUGCUGACCGAGAAGCAGAAGCUCAGGGUGAAGAAGAUCUUUGAGAACGAGAAGAGGCUUACGGCCGGCGAACACUCUCUGGACCUGCUGGCUCACGACUUCGAGAAGAACUACAACAUGUACAUCUUCCCCGUGCACUGGCAGUUCGGACAGCUCGACCAGCACCCCGUUGACGGGUACCUCACCCACUCUGAGCUCUCCCCCCUGCGCGCCCCUCUCAUCCCGAUGGAGCAUUGCACCACCCGAUUCUUCGAGGAAUGCGACGCCGACAGCGAUAAAUACAUCGCCCUGGAGGAGUGGUCCAACUGCUUCGGCAUCAAAGAGCAGGAUGUGGACAAAGACCUCAUCGUCUAAGUUCCUCGCUCUACGAAAACUGCUCGUCUCUACUAACGGGACAAGGUGCUGAUCCCUAAGUUAAAAGAUAAAUCACAGUAACGGUGCUAAUUGCAAAUUGUUUAUCUUGUUUUUUUUUGUUUGAAUAACGACCGUUUCGUAACGAUACCACUAAAAAAAAAAAGAUUACAAAACGUGCACAAUCUGUACUAAUAACCCUCACAUGUUGCUAAAACCAUGGUUUGUUGAACCCAGUAAAGAAAGACCUCGAUGUAAAUGUGUUAUAUAUGUUAUGGUUCGUUCAGGGCAUUUUAAUUGGACAUGAAUUGGAUUUGAGGAGAAAAAGACUGUAAAGUGGAAAAUAAAGUUUCUAAAUAAAUGCUUCCUCUGCUUGCUUUCUAAAAACUA